GUCAAAUCAAAUUCAAAUUUACAUAUUUUUCAAAAAUUCAAAAUAACUUAAAAAAGGCAACGUACAUGUUACUAUUAAUUAUAAGUAAAGUUUACAUUUAUUUUAUAACUUGUCUUAGUUUUGUUUCUAUUGAAAACAGACUCGUUCAUUGGAAAAUUCUUUGACUUCAUUUUAUUUCUGUCUUUGCAUCUAGCAGAAGUGCACCUCUGCAUCUUUGCACUUCUGUUUAAAUUGGAAUUUAAAAAAUACAUUUAUCACCAAUGUGAAUGGGACAAGAAAAUAUUUUUGGAAGAAGGAAAACCUGCAAAAAGCGACAUGGAAAGUUUCAUUGAAUAUCUUCAGUUUGUUAAAAAAUCUCUGGAGAAUCUAGAUAGCUUUGGGGAAAUUCACAUUGUACUUGGAAAUGAAUCCUGUGAUAUAGACUCCAGUGUUUCAGCUACAGCUUUAGCAUAUCUUUUACAUAUCAGUAGACCUAAGCAUAUUUCCAAAGAAGCACUGGUAGUUGCUGUACAAAAUGUUCCAGCUGAAAACUUUUUAUUUAGAACAGAUAACUGUUUUUUGUAUAGAGAAAUUCAGCUACCUCUGGAUUAUUUAGUAUGUAGGGAUCAGAUAGACUUUGAUUAUUUAGUGAAAUCAAAAAAAGUGACUACUACUCUUGUAGAUCAUCAUGUGGUACCUAAAAAUUAUAAAAUUUUGGAAAAAACAGUAGUUCAAAUUUAUGAUCAUAGACCUAUAGAUGCUGCCUUUGACUUGGAUACAAAAGAAGUUGAAAUAAACAUAGAAGGAGUUGGAUCAUGUGCAACUCUAAUAGCUAAUGCUAUAUUUAGUGGAUGUGAAGAUGUUUUGUUUAAAGAAUUAGGAUAUUUACUAUAUGCUACUAUACUAUUUGACACCCAGGGAUUAAGUCCAGACACCAAAAGAGCAAAAGAACUAGAUUUUCAGAUAGUCGAAAAGCUGGAACACAAGUUCAACUUCACUGAAGAUCGAAUAGCAGUUUAUGACAGAAUAUGGAAUGCUCAUAACGACAUAUCAACUUUAAACCCCAAACAAAUCCUAGUAAAAGAUCUGAAGAUGGUAGAACACAUUCCAGUACCAGGUCUGCCUAUGUUAGUCGAAGAUUUCCUGAAAAUUCAAGGAUCUUAUGAAGCUGUAAGAAAAUUUGCAGAAGAAAGAGAUACUCCACUUCUAAUUUUAGUUGGAAUUGAUUGUUUAAAUGGUAUCAGAAGGGACGUAGCUCUUUUUUCUAGGAAUGAAGAUGACCCAAUUAGAAACAGAGUUUUAAAUUUACUAUGCAACUGUCAGCAUAAAGGCUACGAUUUUGAAUUUAAAGAGGUUGAUGUUAGUUGUGAAAGUGUUAAGUGCUUUAGACAAGGGAAUUUAACUUUGUCGAGGAAGCAGAUCAUUCCAGUUAUUAUAGAUGCCUUAAAGCUAUCCUGAAUCAUCUUCAGAGGCAUCACAGCUCUUUAUGAGCUAAAGCCUUCUUCAGAAUAAUCCUCCAUCCGCCCCUGUCUCUGGCAACUCUUCUCCAUGCUCUAAUUCCAAUCGAUUUUAAAUCAUUCUCUAGGUCAGGUUGUCUAGGUACCUAAGUCUCAGUCUUCUUCUUGCUCGUUGUCUUAUCGGCCCUCUUCGAUCCAAAACUUUUCUGACUAUGACAUCUUCCUCUCACCUGAUUACAUGCCCUAUCCAUCUAAGGCGUGCUACCUUAUUGAAUUUUACAACGUCAGGUUCUCCCAAACUUCUGACUAUGGCAUCUGCUUCCUCUCGCCUGAUUACAUCCCUAUCCAUCUAAGGCAUGUUACCUUAAUGAAUUUUACAACGUCAGGUUCUCCCAAACUUCUAUACAACUCAUGUAACGCCUGCGCCACAAAGCUUGUUCUUUUAUCUCUAUAUAUUUUUCUUAGGAUUUUUCGCUCGAAACGUUUAAGCAGUUCUUGGUCAUUCUGUGUAAGUGGCCAAAUUUCUUAAUCGUAUGUUAGCACUGGUAAUUGUUAUUCAACAUUAUUAAUGGUAAUAGGAGCUGUCUCGAUCUUCUGUCAAAAAUUAGUCUUUUGGUUCCUACUCGCUCAACAAGACAAACUCAAACUUUUCACAUAAGCUUCCAUAGAUAUAACUAUACUUACAACAAUUUUUUACCACAAACACUUAGACUUGCGAAUUCUCUAAUGCCCGAUUUCACCAACGAUACCUAAAUAUUUAAGAAUUACCUAAGUGGGUUUAAGUACUUCCUAACUCUAAAACCGAUUUCACCAUACGAUAAGAAUUGCCUAAACCGCUUAAGCAUUACCUUACGUUAGGAUACGGAUUUCGAUCUCCCUAAACUUUAGGUAUUACUUAUCGUUGACAGUCAGGUUAUAUUUUUACAAUUUUGACUAAUGUACUUGUGACGUUUGUCAAUAAUUUGCAUCUUACCUUAAUUUUUCUGUUAUUCUGUAAUAUUAGGUAUACUAGUUGUAAUUUUGUAUUUUCUUUUAUAUUAUUAAUAUAAUAUGUGUUGGAAAAUAUAGAAAAUAUACAAAAUCCUUUAAAGUUUUUUACAGGUCUGUUGACAAAAUUAUGUAGUCUACCUACUAUCUAACAAGCUAGUGUUGUGUUUCAAAAACUCAUUCACGAUAUAACUAUAAAGUGUGUCAUUAAAAAAUUAAUAAUAAAAAGCAAUUUUCAACAUAUUAUUUAUUUUAAAAUUAUUUCAUUAAUUAAAAAUUCAACUAACUUCAAUUUUUCGUCAUAAUAUGUAAAAUUUACAACUCUUUUCUUUUCCUCCAUUUUACUGUACAUAUUAUACAAAUAACACACAAGACUAUAUUUAUUAUAUACAAACUUAAUGCACAAAUAACUAACUACCUACUAAAUAAAAUAACUACUACAACAGUAGAAAACUGAAUAAAGCCAAAUUGGCAAACAAUAAUGACAAAUAAUCGAAAAAGUAAGAAAAUGUCAUCUUAUUCUUCUUUUUAUUUAUCAAAAAUAGUUCAAACGUACCCUAGAUAUUUCCUAGGAAAAGCAUUUCCUAGAUACGCAGUUGUUUUAGUUGUGAAAUGCGAUUGUUCCUAAGUAUUGACUUAAGAAGUUCCUAUCGAUAAGAAUGACUUAAUAAGGCAACUGUUUAGGUAUCGUUGGUGAAAUCGGGCAUUAAUGACUUAAGGUGAAACCGUAGCGAUCAACAGGAUUUCGCUAAUAAGUGUGAUCACUCAGUUUGUCAUUAAAGACUAUUUACUAGGUGAUUUUUUACCGUGCAAACAAUUAUGGAUCUUGAAAAUACAGGUAAGAUCACAUAUUAAUAUGUGUAAUUUUAUACUAUAUUUAUAGAAUGCGGUUUAUAAACAGCGUAUUGAACUUUAUCAUUUUUUUGCUUAAAAUUUGAUUUAUUUUUAAAAUUCUCAAAGAAAUUAGUUAUACUUCAGGGUGCUUCCCGGUCAUAUUUUUUAUUGAGAUUAAUUUUAUAGACCUCUUGAAAUGUGAUGGUAAAUAAAUCACCUGCUAUUUUUUGCUCUUUUUCGUUAUAUUUACAUUUUAAUUGAGGUAGUCGUAAGAACCGAAUUGCACAAACGUUUUUUUUUUCAUCUCUAACACAAUUUUUUUUUUGUUUUAGACGUGCCACGUGGUUCAAACUACAGAGUAGUUUCUAGAAAAAAAUUACAGUGGGACCUCGAUUAUCCGUCAGGGCAUCGGACCAAGGGUAUGACGGAUAAUCGAAAAGACGGUUAACAGAACAUUAAAAAAAUUAAAAGCUCAUAGUACAACUCUCAAAUUUUAUUUGUAUGUUUUGUUUGACAAUAUAAGGAUUCGUGUACGUACAGUCGAAUCACUUUGGUUUAAAAUAUUCUAAAAUCUUUGUUUGUUUUCUUCUUCUUCUUUCUUCUUCUUGUUGAGAAUACCAUUUCAUGAAUUAUUGCAGGUGCAAUGCAGCUUCUCUAGCUUCUUUACUCAAACCUAGCUUCUUAUCUAGCUUCUUCAAACCUUUGUCGGUUACAAUAGCAUUAUCGACAUCGCCUCCGUCAAAUUCCAAGUCUGUGUCAGCUUCUUAAUCUGUUUCGUCCGACUCUGUUGCCAUUUCAACGAUUUCAUCAUUUAUCUCAGCAAUCGAUAGCCGUUUGCAACCUCAUCACAAAUUAUAACCAAUAGUUUGGCUUAUCGCAAUGCUCAUACAAAAUGAAUUGAUGCCUCAAUUUUUGCUUAUGUAGUCAAUAAAAAUGUACGGACCCUGACGGUUAACAGAGGUGACGGUUAAUGAAGAGACGGAUAAUCGAGGUUCCACUGUAUACGAUAAAAUGCAAGAACAAAACUUGCCGAAUUUUGAAGCAAAAUUAAAUUAUUUGGAAAAUGAGCUUUUAACUCACGAAGAUUAUAGUCAAGACCAAAUAAAAGAGUUGAAUAAUUGAUGGAUUCGACCGUUACUUGAUGGAAGUUCAUUUUAUCUAACAAUAAAACACUGAAAACGUUUGUUUUCUAUACUUCCACAAAAUUUAUUUCCAUAUUCUAUACUUCCACAUAAUCAUUCUUUCAAUGAAGAGUUUCAAAUUCUGCAUAUUCAAAAUAAAGGCCUUAAGGUAUCUUUUUUAGAAUCUAUGGAAAUUAAUAAAUUGAAAAAUACCGAUAUAAUUCUGAAUGACCAACUCGAGACAAACAGCUCCGCACUCCUCAACCUCUUCAGUUAAAGACUUAAAAAGGCGAACACAUUGUGAACUAUCACUUGAGAAAGGCACUCUGCCGAAACAGCUAUAAUAAAUUUUGUGGAAGUAUAGAAAACAAACGUUUUCAGUGUUUUAUUGUUAGAUAAAAGAGUUGAAGCGUAAAAUUUCUUACAUCAAAAGUGUAUUUAUAAGAAGAUGGUCAAAAGCUAAUAGACAGCAAGCCAAAUUCUUAAAAGAUAAUGCUGAUUGGUUGCAAGGUACAUUCGAGAUACCUAAAUCUUCCAAUGAACAUAUUGGUCGUCCAUUAAAAUCAUUCAGUGAGUCAUCUGAGAGAAGUAGGAGGAGAAAAACAGAGCAACUACGAAAAUGUAUAAGCAAAGACGUUCUGGUUCAUGCUACAAAGAUGAGUUUGCAGAGUUCUGGUAAUAGAGAUGCGUCACAAGUUCUCAAUGAAUUAGUUAAGUAUCCAAAACGAGCUACUAAAUACAAAAAAGCUUAUUCAACAGCUUUGCAAGUUAAGAGAACACAACUCACACCUCUUCGCGCAUUAUCAAUGUUUGUGGAAGCCGAUCUUUCCAGUAAACAGUACGAGAUAAUAAGGAAUUCAAAUAAGAAAUUUUAUCCUUGUUAUAGCAUAUUACAAAAAGAAAAACGUAAAUGCUAUCCGCAACAGGAAUCAUAUCACGUAACUGAAACAUGCGCCGAAGUUAAACUUCAGCAUUUACUGAACCAUACUGUGACUCGACUUUUGACAUAUUUAGAAGACAUUUUAAUAGACCUAACAGAAGAAGAACGUCAUACGUUCGAAUUGAUAAGUAAAUGGGGUUGCGAUGGAUCACAGCAAUCACACUUCAAGCAAAAAAUGCAGAACAGUGAUGCCACGGAUUCAAACAUUUUUCAAAGUUGCCUUGUUCCUCUUCAGUUAGUGUGUGGCGGAAACAGAAAGAAAAUAAUUUGGCAAAAUCCGACCCCAUCAUCACCACGAUACUGUCGUCCAAUCAGGAUCAGAUUUGUUAAAGAAUCUACUGAUAUUACAAAUGAAGAAAUCGAAUAUAUUAAAAAUCAAAUCGAUUUGUUAGAAAACAGUGUAUUUACGACAGAAGACAUGUCUGCAAGCGUAAAGCAUUCCAUGGCAUUUACAAUGGUAGAUGGAAAAGUGUGCAAUGCUGCCACACAAACAACGUCUACCAUGAGAUGUUAUAUCUGUUGAGCAACAUCAAAGCUUUUUAACAACGUCUCUAUUAAAAAGGAUGUGGAUGUUGAAGCUUUAUCAUUUGGUUUGUUCAUUUUGCAUGCGAGAAUCAGAUUAUUCGAAAGUAUAUUACACCUUUCUUACAAACUACCUGUAAAAAAAUGGCAAUUAAGGUCUGAAGCUGAAAAAAACCAUUGUCAAUGAAAGGAAAGUCGAAAUACAAAAAGUAUUUAGAGAACAAACCGGCUUAAUAGUAGACGUACCUAAAGCCGGUUUUGGUAACACAAACGAUGGAAAUACCAGUAGGCGAUUCUUUGCCGAUCCACAAAAGGCAAGUGAAACCACUGGCGUUGACUUUGAUCUAAUUUACAGAGUCAAAAUAAUUUUAGAAGUCAUUUCCAGCGGCUACAAAGUUGAUUUAAAAAAGUUCGCAGAUUAUUGUUUAGAUACUGCUAAACAUUACGUUACUUUAUAUCCAUGGCAUCCCAUGCACAAAAUUCUUGUGCAUGGUGCAACAGUUAUGGAAAAAGCGCUAUUGCCUAUUGGAAUAUUGUCCGAAGAGGCCGCAGAAGCACGAAAUAAACAUUUCAGGAUAUACCGUAACAGCUUUGCACGAAAAUUUUCAAGGGUGGAAUGUAAUCUAGAUGUCUUGAAUAGACUUCUGUUAAGCUCUGAUCCUUGAAUAACUUGUUUAAGGCCAAAACAGACAAAAUCCUCAAAACCUUUUUCAAAGGAAACGAUCGAAAUGUUGAUUCGAGCUGAUUUAGAUCAAAAUUUUAAUAACUCAGACUCCGAAGAACUAGUUGAAGAUGAAGCAGAAGACGAACCCUGGAAUUCAUCGUCCAGUUGAUUAAGUUACAUAUUUCAAUUUAAUUACAAUUUUUAUUACAUUUACAAUUGCAAUUUUUUUUUUAUUUUUGCUUAUACAUAAAAAAAUAUUCUAUACUCGUUUUUUUAAAUAAACUAUCGCAAAUAAUUUCCUUUCAUACACAAUGUUAAAAGAAACAUUAAAAUUAAAUAAUAAUGCGAUAAAUCAUUUUGGGCAGCCAGAUUGAUGAAAUACCCCUAUGUGCGAUGCCUAGAUUUUGUGUCAUUUUGGAACUACUAAAAUUUUUUAUUUCAUUAAUAGUUCCAAAAUGGCACAAAAUCUAGGCAUCGGAUAAAAAAGUUUAUUUAAAGAAAGUGUAUUUUUUUGUUCUUAUUGUUAAUAGCGGUACAGGCUCGUUUUUUUAAUAGUGUAUUUAAUUACAGAGUAAUUUCCACAUAUUAAUAUAUUUUUCAAAUUGGGCUCUGUACCGCCAUUCUUUAUUAUAUUACGAAUACGUGUGCAAAAUAUCUCGAAAAAAUAUUCAAAAUUACAGCCGCAAUCUUGGAAUGCGUUUUCGCUACCUGUUGAUCGCUACUGUUUCCUCUUAAAUAUAUUCUGCAAUUCCUUGGAUAGAUUUAAAAACCACUUGUUGAAUAUACAAAUAUAACUAGAUGUUAAUGAUAUAAUUUCUAUCAGCAAUUUUUAAGCAUAAACUUUGUUUUUUUUUAUAUUGUAAUGUUCUUUUUUUUUUCUUUUAACUUAAUAGCUUUGUUAUCCAAUACAUAUUGUAAUAUUUGUUCUUUGUGUUGACACUGUUUAUGUUUUUGCUUUUGUCUUUGUAAUUUUUUUUUGUAAUCUUUUCUGAAUUGGGCUUAAAUAAAUAAAAAAAUAAAUAAAUAAAUGGUCUUAUUAGUGUUUUAUAGAUAGUCAAUUUAAUGUUUCUAGGUAGUUUUGAGGCCAUUUGUCUUCUUAAGCCAUAGUAACACUUAUUGGCGAGCACUAUUCUUCUUUUAAUUUCUUCACUAAAGAUAUCCUGAAUAACUGACAAUAUUGUUUUAAUACUCUGGUAUCUUGUAUCAUUAUGUAUUUAUGGCAACUUUAACAAAUAUAUUAAAAUUUUAAACUGC